UUGAUGAUAUAUAGAGAAAUGCGGAGGCGGAAGGAGGAGAGACGGAGACGGAGGAGAAAGGCGAAUGCGGAUGCAAGUGUCGGCCAAAAUAGUUCUAAUAGACAUAUGUUGGAUAUUGACUUUAAUUUUUCUAAUUUGUAUUAUAAAACUUUGAGUUAGUGUACUUGUUAAUUUGAGCUAAAAAUACUUCUAUCCAGAGCCAUAAAAUAUAUUAAUAAAAGAGAAAAAAAAGCCUGACUUGACACUGUCAAGUUAGGCUUUUUUGCUGUCAAGUUGACAGAACAUAAAUAAUAGUGCACAUAACUUAACCUGAUGUUAUUUAUUUAAUUUGAUUGUAAAAUAUGGAUGAAUUAGAAAUAAAACGUGAAUAUCUUAUUGAUGAAGAAUUGCUAUGUCGAACUUGUCUCAGCGUCGGUCGGAGACUCGUACCGCUGGAGAAAUAUUUCCAUAUUUAUAUGCAAUUGUUUCCUGAAUAUGAAUCUGCAGUGAAUACAAACCAACUACAAGUGUGUUGGGAGUGUGAAAGGCUGUUAUCUAAAGUCAUAAAAUUCCAGCAUCAUGUACGCAGAGCCAAUGAAUUGCUGCAGAUGGGUCAGAAUAUUAUCUAUGCAUCCCUCUCCAACCUGACAACGGUAAUAAUAAAUGACUCCCAUCCACACACAAUAUAUGUGAACCAAACAAACAUACAAUCAUACAUAGAAACAAAUGAAAAUAAUGAAAUUAAUUCUUUUGAUGGCAUCGAUAAUGAAGAUUUAAAUGAAAUAGACUUUAAAAAAGGUGAUUUAAAAACAGAAUUGAAUGACACUGGCUUGGAAUCAAAUACAACAUUAAAAGAGUUUAAAACUGAACUGAAAUGCACAGAAGAUGAACUAGAAAAAAAUGUCACAGAUAAAAAAUCUAAAUCUAAUAAUAAAUGGGCUAAGAAGCGUGCGCUACAGAAUAAAAAACCUAAAUUUAAAAUUAUCGAAAGUGAUAAAGCUUUUAUAAAAGUACAAAUAAGUCCAGAGGACUUGAGAGAGCAUAUAGAGAGUGAAAGAGUUAGAGGGAGUUAUAAAAUGAACAGAUUUAAAUGUGAGACUUGUAUGAUGGGAUUUAAUAAAGAAAGUCAACUUAAAAGUCAUAAUGUUAGACAUGAUAAGGGGCGGCCGUACAUUUGCGACGUAUGUAAUACUAGCAAACAGGACAAGAGACGUCUAUCCGCACAUAUACGAAAACAUUACUACAAAUAUAUAUGUUUAUUAUGUAAAAUCACGUGUUAUGACAGCAAGCAUAUAAACUCCCACAUGAAAGGACAUAAGAAAGCGUUUGAGUGCUUGAAAUGUGGACUUAAAUUUGGAAGCCGUCGUGAGUUCUUCAAACACUUCAAGGACUGGCAUGAGAAAUUCAUUUGCAAUUACUGUGGCAUUAGUUUUAAGAUGCGGUACUGCAUUAAAGACCACAUCAGAAAACAACACAGCCCAUUUGAGUGCAAGCCGUGCAAUAAGCGCUUUGCUAGAUACAACGGCCUCUGGCUUCACAACAAAACGCAUCAUAUGGAGAGUCCACCAGCCGCCGCUUACUGCGUCGAGUGCGACAAACGCUUCGCCGACAUCUACAGAUACAGAUGGCAUUUGGCAAACAGCGCUAAACACAAGCCAGUCAAGAAGGUGAGAGUGCCGUGUCCGGACUGCGAGAAGGUGUUUACAAAGAAUAUCUACAUGAGAGAUCACUAUAAUUUGGUGCACUUAAAGUAUUAUAAAUACCAUUGCGAGCAAUGUGACAAGAAUUUCAUACGCAAUGCAGACCUGGUGAAGCAUAAGCGUCGCAUCCAUGACGGCAUACUGCCGCCACGCAAUAAGAUCUGUUACAUAUGCGGCAAAGGGUUUACGACAAAUAAGAUAUUAACAAAUCAUAUACGCACUCACACGGGGGAGCGUCCGUUUUCGUGCGCACAAUGCGGCGUCCAGUUCGCACAUCGAGCGGCCUUACACGCGCAUGGACGCGUCCACACCGACACACUCACGAGGGCAGAAGGAACCUAGCAUUACGGCUGAAUGUGUUAGCCAUACAGGAUCUUUUUUAAAAUAUUUAUCACUAUAAAUAUAAAAAAAAUUCCUGUAUGGCUCUGCCUUUCAUGUGUCCCGACAUUCUUUCAAUUGUGCAAUUUAGCGCGGUAAAGCCAGCGCGCUUAGUAUUUAGUGAUUGUAUUUUAUGUAUUCAUUCUUUAUUGCACUAUUUAAAAUAAAUGUACAAUUGAUGAGCUUAAUGUAUUCUGGUAUUCUCAACCAGCUAACCAUUUGGUAAAAACAGAAAGCGGUUGAAAGGUGUACUAUUGGUAUUUACCUAACUUAGGUAAAUGUGUCAAUACCAAUAUGCUUACAUAACAAUAAUAUAUACGUACUUAAAUACUUACUA